UCUCGUCCUACCGGAUUCGUGUCUGUCCAUUCUCCACCAAACUGAGUUCUUCCUGAUGCUUAUACGUCUCAGGCACCUUGUUCAUGCUUCCGAUGCAGACCAAUUCGAGGCUCUUCUCACUCGCUGGGGCCCCGAUGGCAUGGGCAAGUUAGGAGGUCGGCCAUCCCUGUUGUCACCUCGUUCGAUUGUUCACAGCAGCCUCUAGAUCCCCGGUGGGCAAACCCGAUCAAGAACCGAGUCCGACAGACCAACCAAGCCCGAGCUGUUAACGAGGUUGUCAAUGCGAUGAAGCCCUCGGUUGACAACGCUUACGAUGGUAACAUCCUGGGGCCCCUUCGAGUCGUCAACGGGGGCCCAAGUACCACGACCACUUCUUCGACGCUGACCACUGCGGCGCGUGAGAACUUCUUGACUCCGUCAUUGCCUUCACCCGAGAUUCUCGGCCGACCGGGCAACUCGACAAUCCGAUGGGCUGGAGGCCUCCAAGCACACCGAGAGGCGGACGAAACUGCUGCGCAUGAAUCUGAAGAAGCGCAUUUCGUUCCCCCGCCCCCGAAACCAAUCACACCUUCUCUCGCCACUUUAGAGAAGGCGGUCUCUGCUCGCAUCUACUUUGAGAAUCUGUACUUUCCCCUUUUCCGACAACCUUCUUCACGCGAACAACGCAGACUGGCGAUGGAACGUGAUAUGGCCGAAAUGAAGCUCAGUCACGCUCAGAAGGAGAACCUGCGCAUGCGGUGGUUCCAAAAUGAGUCGGAUUACCUUAGAGACAAGAGACGGCGGGUGGAUGUCACUGCGUUCAAGAAGCUGAAGACUAUCGGACAUGGAGCGUUUGGUGUGGUAUCGUUGGUCAAGGAGCAGUCGAGUGGAAAAUUGUAUGCCAUGAAGGAG